AUGAGCUCAGAUACAGAAUCCUUCAUCUACACCCCCUCAACCUCAUCGACAGAUUCAAACGACCGGUCCAGUCUAUGGUCCUCAGCAUGGGAUCUCCCUCCCUGCCCAUGUUGCACACCCGGCUACGGCAUCGAAUCAUACCAAGAAACCACAAACUUCCCCUUCGGCCACCUCUUGCCCCAAAAUCACGCAGACUUCCGCGCCUCCUCGCGCGACAAGCAACGAGAACGCAAAGCGCGCCCGAAGCGCGGAUGCAAUAGCUACAAGUGCCGCAAGUCCGGCCAGACGCAGCAGCGCACGAAGAAUCGGAAGAAGAAAGCCGAGAAUGUGAGGUUUGCGGUGAGGGAGAGUCAGAAAGAAGUUCCAUGUUAUACGCGCGGGUUCUUCAAGAGAACGAAACACCAAUUUGUCGAGUGGGACUUCCCGCGCGAAGAAGAACUGGAUCCGUGGGUGCACGACAUGCCAGACGCAAUGAUUCGAUACAUCACCGUCCAGCACGGCGCGGAUGCGUUCGAAAGCGCUGAGCCAUAUGUUGAAUUCGGCGAGAAUUUUUCAGUAUGGUGUCAGCGCCGCAUCGCGGAGAUGCGAGCUGUGAAGGAGAACAGGAUCCGACGUGGCGAACCUGAAUCGUUCAAGCCGACACUGUGGGAAAGGAGACACGACUGGCGCCAUUCUAAAGGAUAUGACAUCUACUGUGGGGACGAGAGCACAACAACACAGCCCACGAAUGUAUACGACGCUCUGGGCCACGCUCUCCUCCGCUCCAUCUUGAGUCCAGCCAACUGGUACCAAAAGCCCAUGCGCCUAACUAAUGCCUCACUCUUCCGUCCAAACACGGACUAUCAAUGGUUCGGCGAGUUUGCGUGGGCAUGGCAUCGGAACGGGUCGGGGUGCUGGGAGGUUGGUUAUGAUGACUACUGUGACGAGGGCCCGGACAUGUUUUAUGGGUGUUUUUGCAGGCAGUCUACAUGUGUGCCUGCGCUGGACGAGAAGCAGGGGUGUAGCCUUGUCGAGUGGAUUGCGGAUGAGGGAAGGAAGAUCUUCAUGCUGGAAGAGACGAGGGAAACCGAGCUUCAAGACUCGGAUGGUGGUGCUGAAUUUUCCGAAUCCGAGGCUGGUCAUGGAUGGGAUGUGGUGUCAGUUGCAAGUGCGGAAUCGUGGAGCAUAGUUGAUAUAGGAGCAAAUUGA